AUGGCUGAAGAAGGCACCACACUGCUGGAGCAGCCUCCGAUCCAUACGAUCGACACCGAGCGACUACAUUUGAAGACUAUCACCAUGGACGAUCUCGACAACAUCAUGGACAUCAUUACCGAUGUGAGCAUAAAGCAGUGGACCUCUCAAGGUCCAGUGGCCAACAGACAACAAGGCGAACGAUGGCUAAGUGCGCGAGCAUUAGGACCAGGCGUCAUCAACUUUGCUAUCAGGGAGCGACUUGACGACCAGGUCAAAGGCAAGAUCAUCGGCAUCAUCGGCAGUUUCCAUCCCCCCGCUUGUGGCUACAUGAUUCACUCAGGUCACACAGGCAAUGGCUACGCCACAGAAGCGCUCAAAGCCUUCGUCCCAUUCUACUUUCAGCAUCACCCUUCAGUGAGCGGAGAUGGACUGGGCUUUGAUCACAUCGAAGGCUUCGUUGAUGCUCAGAACUACGCGAGUCAGCGGAUCCUCGAGAAAUGUGGCUUCACAAAGGUCGUAUAUCGAGAGCAGGCCUUCAACAGUCCAUUGACGGGGCUACGGGAUGAUAUGAUCUUCCGCUACCCUAGACCCGGAACGACUUUGGAGCAGCUAGGCCUCGAUGCCGCAUCAGAAGCAAGGCCGUCUGGAGAUCAGCCUCCUGAACCACCGGUACAAUAG